AUGGGAAAAAUACUAUCAAUAUUAACAGCCUGCUCCUAUGUUUUUGCCAUAUAUUUUGCUCCACCACCGUCAAUUAAACAUAAAGAUCGUAACAAUCUUGAUGUGGUACGACAUCGAAUACUGCGAAUAAUUAUACUAUGCACAUUGUUGAUGAUAAUUAUACCUAAUUUAGUUCUAAUCCAGGGCAAAAAUCAUAACGAAACAUAUUUGGAUAAAAUUAGACAGCUUGGAAUAAUCCCUGGGUUCACUAACUCAACUAGCUUAGCUGUUGAUUUGUUCAAUAUUGGGUUUACAAUAUAUUUCAUUUUGAUAUUAUAUUCAUCAAGUAUUUACCAAAUCUACAUCGAAGAGAUUGAAUUUUUUGACUGGAAGCAUCAAAUCAAUUCCAUUAGCAACACUUCAGUACUUUAUCCUAUCCGAGAUUACGUACUUGCUCCCAUAUCGGAAGAGUUGAUAUAUCGUGGAUUAAUCUUCUUGAUCAAUAAUGAUACCAAUACAGACUCCAAUCACAAGAAUCGCCAUGUGUUCACACCGUUUUUGUUUGGUGUGGCUCAUAUACACCACGGCAUACAAUUAUAUCAACAAAAUGUACCGGUAAUGACAAUAGUUAUUACAACUGGGUUUCAACUUAUAUACACUUCGUUAUUUGGUAAAUUGAGUGAAAUAGUUUAUUCUGGGACUAACCAAAAUUUGUGGAGUUGCAUUGUAUUACAUAUGAUCUGUAAUGUAUUUGGAUUACCUAGUUUUACCUUAGACUCAUCGAAAUUGAUCCAUCAAGUGAUGUUUUACUCGUUGAUAGUUUUGGGCAUAGUUCAUAGCAUGGUGGUAUUGUUGUAUUACAUGUAG